AGUAAUGCUAAGUGCGCAAGCGUGCCCUGAAGACGAGUUCGCGCAAACGUCAAAUAAGAACCUGAAAAGUAAUAAGCAAACUUUUUUUAUUUUAGCAAAGGGAACGUCAAGGAAUGUUUUAUAUGCAGCGGCUUUGACUUGACAGCUUCACUACGGAGAAGAACCAGGAACUCGGACGAUCCUUUACGCCUGGCAGUCUUCGACUUUCUCUUUGCCACUUCCCCUUAAAGCUGUGACUGGUGGAGCAGCCAGGCAACAGUUGAAUGUCUGCAUGGUCUCUCAAAUUUUAGCUACUGUAGCCUGUAACUCCUUCAGAGUUAUCACAGGAUUUUUCUCUGAGCAGUAUGAAGCUGCGUUUAAGAAUUAAUAAUGCCACCUGCCACUUAAACCUGGAUGGUGAUAAUCCCACUCUAGAUGAUCUAAUCUGUAAAAUUAGGGAAGCGGUAUUACCUAAUUUUGGCUUGAGCUCCGACACCGAGUUUGGUCUGUCAUUGAAUGGAAAAGAACCUUUGACGGAGACUCAUUUACCAUUAGCAGAAUGUGAAAUUGUUCAAGGGGAUUUGAUCUCUGUGAUUUUAGCAGACCACGGCAGUUCUUCAGUCUCAGCUCAAGAUCAGAGUAAUUCUCAACUUAGAGGGAGCACAGUAUCAGACCAGCAAAAUGACUUAUGCAUAGAAUCAACAAGUCAAAACAGAAGUUAUAACCUGCACAGUGAUAGUCUUGAAUACACAGGAGAUAUUUCCACAAAAAUGGAACUUGCCCCCGACAUGGCUGAUCAGGAAGGAGAAGUUGGAUUGUUUAGUCCUGGGCCUAUGCUCUGCAGUGAAGCUGAAGAUGGACAAAUUCCACAUUCUUUAGAGACACUUUAUUACGCAUCAGGAUGCAGUAAUCCCUGUGAUGCUGUUGUGGUAGUUAUACACCUGUUGAUGCUGGAAAUGGGGUAUGAACCUCAGCAGUUUUUAAAUCUGCCUGCACAGAAGACUACUCAGAUGCCUAAUGGAUGGAAGGCAGGUGAAAUUUACAAGUUUGAGUAUCUUCAUGCACUGUGUGAGGGAAGUUCUACUCUUUUAAUUGCAGUUCCCAUGGGGAGGUUCAUUGUUAUUAAUGCUACACAGAAAAAGAAUAGCAAAUUCAUUGUUUCAAUGAAAAAGGCCCAGCUAAAUCCAUUGUCAUAUAUAAAUGGAACAGGAAAUGGAGAAAAUGCUGCUGGCGUUUAUAAAGAUCUCCAAAGGUUGUCUUGUAUUUUCAAAGACCAGAUUGUUUACCCCUUAUUAGCAUCAUCCAGGCAAGCUCUUGACCUUCCUGAUGCAUUUGGACUGGCUGUACUACCCUUGGAAUUGAAGCUGAGAAUUUUCAGACUUCUAGAUAUUCAGGCAAUUGUUUCUCUGUCAGCUGUGAAUAGAGGUCUCAACAUGGCUACAGAAGACCCAAUUCUUUGGAGAUUUCUUUAUCAGCGGGACUUCAGGGAUACAUCCACCAGACCUAGAGACACAGACUGGAAAGAUCUUUACAAAAUUAAAUAUAAGCAGAAGAAGGACAAGGCCCAAUUCUGUCGAUACAGAGUCUUUCCGCACCCUCGCCCACAGCCUUUCCCGUUCCAGCCCAGCCCUUUCUUUCCAUUUCCAUUUAGUCCUAACCUUCCAUACCCACCAGGCAUCCUCGGUGGAGAGUAUGAUGAGAGACCCCAGUUGCCUUACUCCGGACCUGGCUUUCCUUUCUUACCUGGUGCAAAUUCUGACAUUCGACAGCCCUUCAGACCUGCCUUUGACCCUUUUGGCCCGCAGCAUGGCAAUCCAAGAAGAAAUUUCACCAGGCGUCAUCCUGCAAGCUCCUUUGACAUACGCAGGGGCUUUAUUUAACAGUUCUGGAGCAGGACUCGGGGGAAAAGUGCAAAAGCAGAAUAUUUCGUUUUACGUACGCGAGAUCAAUUCUUGACACUAGUACACAACUUGUGAGGCUGCUGCCAGUGUCUUCCUCAACAGAAAUGGAUUUUGCAAAUGUGGUGAUAAUGUGCCUUAAGGUGAAUAAAAUGAACAUUCAAGUUGUGGAUGAGCAGGGUCAUUGACUGUGAGAAAGAUCACAUCUUGUAUCUGGCAUUAGGUGCAGAGCAAAAAGAGUUUGAAAAUGUGAGAACUUUGCUGAAACUUGCUUACAACCGAUUUAUGUUAAAAUCAUGGCCUACCUGUAGUGUUGUUCGUGCCUAAAUAAAGCACUUACCGACGGAGAAGAACGCA